AUGCUCGACGUCCCCUCUGUUACGUGGUACCGGCACGCAGGGCUGCGGCGUCUGUACGUGAUGAUGCCCAUACUGAUGCUCUGCGCCACGAUCAACGGCUACGACGGCAGUCUGCUCAACGGACUGCAGACCAUGGACGCAUGGGAGAACUAUUUUGGAAACCCUGAUGGCUCGAGGAUCGGCCUGUUCACUGCGAUCAUCAAUAUCGGGGCAUUCUGUGCCCUUUUUGUGGCGCCCUAUCUUGCGGAUCUGUGUGGCCGUCGACUGGCGACGGCCAUUGGGGUUGUAAUUCUGCUCAUCGGAGUGAUUAUCCAAGUCGUUCCGAACGUCAACUCUGGAAUGUUCAUUGGGGGGAGAUUCCUGGUGGGAUUCGGAUCCAACAUAUCGAUCGGAGCUGCCCCCCUGCUCAUUAUGGAACUCGCAUACCCCCAGCACCGAGGCACAUUGACCACCCUCUACAACACGCUGUGGUACCUGGGCUCCAUCAUCGCCGCGUGGACAGUCUACGGGACCAUCGGGUACAAGGGCAACGCCAGCUGGCGCAUCCCCGUGGCCAUCCAGGCCCUGAUGCCCCUGCUGCAGCUGCUGGGUGUCUUCCUCCUGCCGGAGAGCCCACGCUGGCUGUGUUCGCGCAACCGGCCCGACGAAGCCAUGGCAGUACUAGUCAAAUACCACGCCAAUGGCGAUGCCGCCGAUCCCUUUGUGCAGGCUGAAUUCGCCGAGAUCGAGGAAACCCUGCUGCGUGAACGUGAACUCGCUCAUGUCGGCUGGAGGGAGCUCGUCCGCACGCCGGGCAAUCGCCGCCGGCUGCUGCUCAUCAUCCUCACCUCCUUCUUCAGCCAGUGCUCCGGCAACGGCCUCGUCUCCUACUACCUGCACGAUAUCCUCGAGUCCGUCGGCGUCACAGACUCGCGCUCCCAGUCCAUCUUCAACGGGGGGCUUCAGAUCUGGUCCUGGCUGGUCUCCAUCGCCUUCUGUGUCGUCUUCGUCGACCGUCUCGGCCGUCGCAUGCUCUUCCUCAUCGCCGCCAUCGGCAUGCUGGUCGUCUUUAGCGUCUGGACCGGCUGCUCCGCCGUCUACGCGCAAACCGGCAACUCUGGCGCUGGCUCCGCUGUGCUGGCCAUGAUCUUCCUAUUUUACGGCGUCGCCGGCUUUGCCUGGCCGGGACUGACCGUCGCGUACUCGGCGGAAAUCUUGCCGUACAGCAUCCGGGCCAAGGGCCUGUCUGUGUGUCUGGCGGUGACGGCCUUGUCGGGCGUGCUCAACCAGUACGUCAACCCUAUCGGGCUGGCCCAUCUUGCCUGGAAGUUUUACUUUGUGUAUAUCGUCAUUCUUGUCAUCGAGGUCCUGGCCAUCUAUUUUCUUUUUGUUGAGAGCCGGGGGCCUACUCUCGAGGAGAUGGCCGUGCUCUUUGAUGGGCCUGAAGCAGAUAUUGAGGCCAAGGUUGCUGAGCAUGUUGAAAGCAGUACUUAG